AUGGCAAGUAUGGGAGCAGGCAAUGGUGAUGGGAGCCCAGAAGGUGCACCGAUUCCAGCAGAGCUGGCUUCGCUCAUUUCUACAUCAGUUCAUGGUUCUCCCGCUGGCGCAGUGGAACCUACACCACCUGGACAAGUACCACUUGACCCGAGAGUGAACACGUCCACCAACCGUGCAUCGGCUAUGCGACUCAACAGGUACAUGGAGUCCGCAGAAGGUGCCCGGUUCCCCCACAUGCAGAAGCUUUUCCAGGGUGACAGCGCCGACGACAAGCGAAAGCUUUUGCAAACUUGGGUGGCGGAAGGUGAGAACCGAAAUGCCUGUGAAUCACGUGUUGUUAUCUCCAGGGAGAAUGCCAACAUCUACCGGGGCCAGAGGGAACUCAUUUCAGUCCGGGACAUGAUUCUGGUGAAAAAAUGGCCGAUGGAAAAGAUUCAGGGAAUCAUCCGAAGAGGCCAAGGGAUCCCCGACCAAGACGCCCCUGAUGUGCCAAGUCUGACCCAAUACUGGGUCUAUACGAGCAGGACCCAAACAGAGGAAGAUGCUGUCAGGCAACGGUCUGAGACACAGAUUGCGGCCCAAACCACUUCGGCGGGUGUGGGAGCCAUGAUGGCUGCCAAUGUUGGCCCAAUUCAACCACGUGUGACCAUCAACCAAGACCAACUGGCAGCGAUUACCGAAUCGACGCAGCCAUGUGAACCAGAAGGCACGAUUUUUCAAACUUUGGGAGGGCGGGGAGGAGGAAGGAAAAAAAAGGUUCCAACGGAGAAAAAACAACUUGUAAUUAAUGGUUGGUUUUCCAAUCCAAGAAAUUGUUUGCAACUAUAUACUGUUUACCCCAGGGUUACCAAACCAUGCAGGUAA